AUGUCGGAACCUGAAAAACACGUGAGCAAGCGCAAAUGUCUUAAGUCGAAGCGCUCUCGUUUCAUCUUAGCAAUCGUUGUCCUCAUUGUCAUUAUUGCUGCCGUUGUCCCCCCCGUUGUGGUCACUACUCGCAAAAAAGACAAUAUGGGUCCUAAAGCAAAGGUCUUCGUUCCACUUUACGUGUACCCUGCUCCUGAGGCUUGGACGCCGCUGGAAAAUGUGAUCUCUGCCCACCCAGAUGUCAAUUUUACCGUCGUAAUCAAUCCAGGAAACGGUCCUGGGCCUCUCGCCCUCCCAGAUGCCAAUUACACCCGCGAAAUCCCCAGGCUCACUGCUUACCAAAACGUGCGUCUGUUGGGUUAUGUGUACACCUCAUACGCCAAACGAAACGUGUCUGCUGUCCGCCAGGAUAUUCAAACCUAUGCCGACUGGCCUACCAAUUCAUCCAACCCAAACCUGGCGGUUCGAGGAAUCUUCUUCGAUGAAACUCCCCAACAAUACGAUGCUCAAACCUUCACGUAUUUGAAAGGACUGACGGACUUUGUUAAGGACCUCGAUGGUCUUGGUCCUGAUAGAUUUGUCGUUCAUAAUCCAGGUGCUGUUCCCGACUCUCGGUACUUGGCAACAGCUGAUUCAACGGUCGUGUUCGAAGCUGCCUACGCCACUUUCCAAGAACGGCAGGGCGCCAAGUUGUUCACCAGUAUUGCUGACAGCAAUCGCACACAACUUUGCGCUAUCGUUCACUCUGUGCCUGAAACCGUUGAGGGCAAGUCGCUUCGCGGUCUCGUGAAGCAGGUGCGCAAGGUUGCCGACGAGGUGUACAUCACUCAUCUGGAUACGAACUAUUAUGCCUCAUUCGGGUCUAAAUGGACCGAAUUCGUCGAUUUGAUGGCGGCUUGA